AUGCACCCAGCGCUCGGCAACCCCCGUUCGGUCUCAUCCUUGUCAGGCUCCUUUCCGCCGCCCCCAACCGCCGCCCGGCUGCAGCCCCUCUUCCUCCGGGGGGGUUCCACCCGCGGCCGGAGAGGCUCGGGCGACAGCAGCACCAGCACCAGCACCAGCAGGGGGGGAGGCGGCGGCAGACGCGGCGGGGGCGGUGGCGGCUCCCCGAGCAGCAGCACGGGCGCAGAGAGAGAGGACGACGACGAGAGCAUCAGCAUCAGCAAGCCGCUGGUGCCAGUCGCUGCCACCGGGAUCCCAGGGCCCCCGGUUCAGGGGAGCGUCCCAGUCACCGACUCUGCGCCCACCGCCUUCUCCUCCUCCUCUGCCACCUCGUCCUCCUCUUCCACGCCCACCUCCUCCUGCAGCAUGACAGCCGGGGACUUUGGCGGGGGCGCUGGGACCGGGGCCGUCGGGGUUCCCGGGGGUCGCUCGGCUGGGGGCGCAGGAGGUACUGGGACUGGCAGUGGCGCCUCCUGCUGCUCGUGUUGUUGCUGCUGCGGCCGCCCAGCCCGCUCAGGCCGCCGGGGUCGGCGGCGCGGCUGCGCCCCUACUCCUGGUUGUCGCUGGGGUUACCAGGCGCUGUCCGUGGUGCUGCUACUGGCGCAGGGCGGUCUACUAGACCUGUACCUCAUCGCUGUCACCGACCUGUACUGGUGCUCCUGGAUCGCCACCGACCUGGUGGUGGUGGUGGGCUGGGCCAUCUUCUUUGCCAAGAACAGCCGCGGCCGUCGGGGCGGCCCAGCGAGCAGCGUGCACAAUCACCACCAGCACCACCAUCAUGGGGCGCCGCCUCUGCACCUGUCCGCCGCCCCGGCCUCCUCUGCCGCCUCCGCCGGGGCCAAGGUGCGCAGUGGCCGCGCGGGCGCCAGUGGCCCGGGAGUGGCCGGGUCGGCGGGGGAAUUCGCCUUUGCCUACUUGGCGUGGCUCAUCUACUCCAUCGCCUUCACGCCCAAGGUGGUGCUCAUUUUGGGCACAUCCAUCCUGGACCUCAUCGAGCUGCGCGCACCCUUCGGCACCACGGGUUUCCGCCUCACGAUGGCGCUGUCCGUGCCCUUACUCUACAGCCUAGUGCGGGCCAUCAGCGAGGCAGGCGCCCCUCCUGGCUCAGCCGGACCUCUGCUCUUACAACCCCAGCAACACCGCGCCGCUGGCUGCUUCCUGGGCACGUGUCUGGACCUGCUCGACAGCUUCACUCUAGUGGAACUGAUGCUGGAAGGCCGCGUCCCGCUGCCAGCGCACCUGCGCUACCUGCUCAUUGCUGUCUAUUUCCUCACACUCGCCUCGCCGGUGCUCUGGCUCUAUGAGCUCAACGCAGCAGCCACAGCAGCUUCGUCCUGGGGCCAGGCCUCUGGUCCCGGGAGCUGCAGCCGCCUCCUGCGCCUGCUAGGUGGCUGCCUUGUGGAUGUGCCGCUGCUGGCGCUGCGCUGCCUCCUGGUGGUGAGCUACCAGCAGCCCCUCUCCAUCUUCAUGCUCAAGAACCUUUUCUUCCUCGGCUGCCGUGGCCUGGAGGCACUGGAGGGCUGCUGGGACAGGAGCAGUCGACCCUCCCCGAGUCGAGCCAGGGGUGGUUACGGCGCUCCACCCUCUGCCCCGCCGCCACCUCCGCCACCACCACCACCUCAGGGCGGUUCCCAACUGGGGCACUGCAUCUCAGAGAACGAGGGGGCCCAUGGCUAUGUAAAUAUCCUGGCCAGCGGUCUCCUAGAAUUGAGGAUAAAGGCAGGGAGCCUUGCAUUUGAGUGGAGCGUCCCCAGUUCCCUUGUCUUCAGUCCUUCUCUCAAAUUUAGUCAGAGCCGUUUGGAAGAACUAUUAACAGGGCGAAGGCCAGAGUGUCUGUCCUGCAUCCUUUGA